CUUCUUCUUCUGGCUGUUCCUAAGAUGCCAUGAACACCGCCCAUGCCCACCUCACCCUGUUGCCACCCCUCCCCUGCCCUCUUUUCUUCUCCUCCUCCUAUCACAGUGUGGUUCUAAGCCAGAAUUUUAGCCCCAGCUCUGCCACUAAUAAUUGGAGGACUGAAGCUCUCUGAGCCUCAAUUUCCUCCUCUGUAAAAUGGGCGCAUAACUGACAUGUGCUCCGAAAGUUGUGAGAGGAGCAUGUGGAGAUAUAGGUGGGAUGACAGAGGCAGAGGCAGCUGGCCCCAUGGCAGUGCUCCACCAGAACUGGCUGCUGGCAUCACUCCCCUGCCUCUCCUCCCACGGCUUGCAUUUCCUCAUCUGUCACUGGAGGGGCUGGGCCAGGAGACCGCUAAGUCCCUUCUCGUUCUGGUAUCAUGUGCCCUGGCUAUUCCACUAAGCUGACCAUGGGCCGCUGCCCUAUGCAUGUGGAUGCAUCUUCGUCCUGCACAGGUUCAGGGCUUAAGUCAGGGGUGCCUUUCGUGUGAGGCUGCACCUGGACACCAGGCAGAGACACAAGCUGUGCGGGCUGCUGCUGGCAGGGCAGAUCUCCAUGGCAAGACUGGGCACAGGCCCGGCCAGCACCACAGGCCACACCCACAGCACACAGGCUGGGCGAGGGUCUGCAUGCUGCCUGGUUCCCCACCCCACUGGACGGGCCACUUCCCAGUGGGAGGCAGCUGGGCAGGGGGCGCCCACCAAGAGGCAAGGCCAGCAAGGUUCUGGAUUCAACCCCCUCCACUCUGGGAACAGGUGCCAUGUGGCAGGCGUCUGAGCCACCCCAUCAGGCAGGGUGAUGCCAGGAGCUGGCAUCAGGGGUCCCUUUUCUGGGUACCAGGAGCCAGGGUCCUCAGCUAUUCUGAGGAGGGGGGCAGAGGCCCUCUUUCCCGUGAUGCUGUUACUGCAGGCAGCCUGGAGCCACAGGCCAGGGAGCUCCAUCAGGCCUGGGGAGCAGGGGUGUGGAGUUCUGGUGCUGCCACUCCCAGGACUGGACCCCCGAAACCCCCCAUGGCUGCCACGAGCCAGCAUCCCAGCCUUCCUGGAACCAUCUCAAUUCCAGAUGUGGCCCCUCGUUGUCACCACACACCCCUGAAAUGUUGGCAUUUUGUGGACAUUCGCAGGGUGAGCCACACUUUCCAGGCUUUUUCCUCAUAUCACACAGAAGUCUCCAGUCAGGCUGAGAUAACUGCCCCUGCCCUCCUGCCUGUAAAGCUCUUGGGAUUUUGCUUGGGUGGCAACUCUGGAUUCCCUCCCAGAGCUCUGCAGAGGCAGCCUCCCAUUGCCUGUGAGUCCCCUGCCCAACGUGCAGGACUGUGGGGGGCUAAGGGGAUGUGCCCGGGCUCUGUGUUUGCACAUGCUGUCUCUGAACCCUCUGGCUUGCCCCAUCCUCUGCUUCCCCUGACAAGCCACUCGCUUCCCACCGUGAGCCCCCACGCUCCAGCCAACCCUCCUUCCAAGCCUCCACCCGCAACAGUGAUCUGACCCUUGGCCCGGUGGAGUUUUCAAGGCCCAGCACACCACAUGCUACCCCUGCCUGUCCAGGCGGUGAACCUGGGGAGGUUUGGGCAGAGGCCCGUAGUGGCCAGGCCAUCCUUGGCAAACAUACCGUGUCGGCUGUAAUAGCAGAGAUUGGGCUGCGGGUUAAUUUAUGGUGUUUCAGGGAGCUGAGUAUGGGAAUAUCUUCUGAUCUUUAAAUUAGUCAUGAAGUUGGAUCCCACCAGCACAAUUAGAACCUCAGCUAAUGAUUAUUUAUGGAGUUUGGAAUGCGUAUUAACCCGAUUGUAUUAAAUAUUAAACUCAAUUGUAAUACUUAUAUCUGUAUUUACAGUAUAAGGUACCCGUCGAGCAGCAUUACCCCCCCAUUGGAAUCGUUGGAGGCCUCAGAGCUUUGAAAGAUCUGGGCAGAGCCAGGCAGGUGGGACAGAACCAGGCUGUGGCGCGUGUACACAGCCUGAACCGGGUGGCAGCCUCGGGGGCAUGGUGGGCUGCGCCAGGAAGGGGCAGAGAAGUGGGCUGGGCUUCCUCUGGUCCCUGGCGGAACACAAGGCUCAGUGUGCCCAGUGUCACCCACCAACCCUCCAGGCAAAAGUGGAGCUGGCACCACCACCCUGGAGUUUGGAGAAGGCCAAGGCUGAUGUCAUCAUGGGUUCGCUAGGAGCCACAGCAGAUGGAGUGGCUGAGUGUGCAGGCCCUAGAGCCACAGGGAGCUGGCUGUAAACCCUGCUCCACCCCUUACCAGUCCUGACUCCUUAGGCAAGUCAUCUCUCCCUGCCUCAGAUUCCCUUCCGUACAAGAGGGGCAGUGGUCACUCCUCCCUCAGAGAGCUGUUGUGUGUUGGGUGAAUCAAUGCACGUGGAAUGCUGAGAACAUGCCUGGCUGGUGCAGCAGCUGAAGAAACACUCCAUUUUUUUUUUUUUUUAAGGUGGAGUCUCGCUCUGUCACCCAGGCUGGAGUGCAGAGGCACAAUCUGGGCUCACUGCAACCUCUCACUACUGGGUUCAAGCGAUUCUCCCGCCUCAGCCUCCCGAGCAGCUGGGAUUACAGGCGCCCACCACCACAGCUGGCUAGUUUUGUAUUUUUAGUGAAGACGGGGUUUCACCAUGCUGCCCAGGCUGGUCUCGAACUCCUAACCUGAGGUGAUCCACCUGCCUCGGGCUCCCAAAGUGCUGGGAUUACAGGCGUGAGCCACUGCACCCAGCCAAAAAACAUUAUUUUUUUUAAAAAGCAGCUUUAUUAAGAUAACAAUUCAUAUGCCAUUCACUCCUUUAGGGUGUACAAUUCAGAGGUUUUUAGUGUAUUCACAGAGUUGGGCAACCAUCAUAAUCCAGUCCAGAAUGUCUCUUCACCUAGAAGAACUUUGACCCGCCAGAGUCACUCGUUUCCGCCUCCGCCAGCCCCUGGGGGACAGUCCUCUGCUUUCCUUCCCUGGAUGGCUCUGCUCCAGACAUGUCACAUGAAUAGAAUCAUACCACGCGAGGCCUUUGUGUGGCUUCUGUCUCUGAGUGUGCCGUCUUCAGGGUUCAUCCGCGGUGCGGCAUGUGUCAGAAACGCCUUCCUUGUUAUGGCCGAACGGGAUUCCAUUGUGUGGACAGACUGCAGAGUGUCCUUUCCCGUUUUUGGCUGUGGUGAAUGACGCUGCAGUGAAUACGCGUGUGCAGCUAGUUGUUUGAACAUACGUUUUCGUUUCUCUUGGGUGUAUACCAGGGAUGGAACACCUGGGUCCUCCGGUGGCUGUGGGUUUAAAGGAAGCAUCGCCUCUGACUGUUCCAGCUCCAAGCCCAGCCCGAGGGCCUCCUGCUUCCUAGCCAUCCACAGCCCACCACAUGCCGCUUGACUACACAGUGUUAGUAUGGGUGAGGUGGGGUGGGGGAGCUGCCGUAACCAGAUCUGAAGUCCUUUGAGGGCGGCUGAUGCAUCUGGCAGACAGCCAGGCACAGGCAUGUGCUGGCAAACCCUGCCUGAUACCCCCCGCGCUUCUGUGUCCAUGGGGAGGGGCCCUCGCCCAUCCCUUUGCUUCCCUUCAGGGACUUCAGUGAGCGUGUGGUCUGCACCAUCCAGGUACUGGGGACGUGGGUGGCUGUGAGCUCAUGAAGCCUACCGUCUUAGAGGUUGGGGGGACCAUUAGUCCCCAAACAGGAAAUCAUGAUCACAUGAGUGCUCACCAGAGAACAGAACAAGUGUCAGGCCCAGGCUAUGCUUCAGGCCUGGUAGUCAGGGGCCUCUCUGAGACCUAAUGACCAGGUGAUGUCAGGGACAGAGCAAGCCAGACACAGGGACAGCUGGAGCGCAGGUCCCAGCCAGGAACAAGCUGGGAAGGUCAGAAGAAUCUGGGAGGAAACUUCAGUGAGGAUGGGAGGAGCAUGAGGCCAGGGGAUGGGGACAGAGACAGAGAGGGGAGACAGAGAGGGGAGAGAGAGAGCGGGGAGAGAGAGAGAGGGGAGAGAGGGAGCGAUAUAGGUAUGGAGAGAGAGAGAGGGAGAGAGAAGGGGUGGGGAGAGGCAGGCUGGCUCAGGAAGGUCGGGUGGCACAGCCAAGAGUCUAAGGCAGGACCAGGUCGACCCCUAGCUCUGGGGCUGGUGGAUGAUGGAGGCGGACAGGGGUGGGAUGGAGACGCCUGCGGGGGCCAUGUGGGACCCUAGUGUGGGGAGGGGUGAAGGUGACCUGGGUCGGGCACUAGCAGGACAUACAGAGAAGGGAAUUUGGGGUUGGUUUUGGAGGAAGGGCUGAGCCUUGCUGGUUGGAUUGUGCUGGGGGCGCUGGGGUCAGGAAGGAUGGGCAGGAGCCAAGCGUGCCUCCUGGGCUUUGGCUGAAGCUGCAGGCAGGGGAGACAUUUCCUGGGGUGGAAAAUUCUGGGGACCAGCAGCGGGGAGUGAGUCAGGUGGAGACGUCUGUGCCCCCGGCCUCUUAGGGGAUAAGGGGACCCUUGCUGGUGCCCUGACGUGGUAUUUCCAGGUGCCACUGAGCCAGCCCUGUACCACAGGGCUCCCUGAGUCCCAUGACCAGGACCAGCCUCUGCCCAGAGCAGGUGGGAGGAGAGAGGUCAGACCAGCCUCCCCACCCCGAUACAGAAGCUCCAACUCCUCAGUCUCACAGCAGGGCAAAGGAGUUCCCUCCUGCCUGCGUUCGGAGAAGAGCUGCGAUACCUCGGUUUGGCUGAGCGCUUACCAUGUGCCGGGCCCUUUGCUGAGCGAUCUUAAAAUUCUCUCAUUUCAUCUUCAUGGCACCCGAUGAGGCGAUACUAUUUCCUUGUGUUGCAAAUGAGAAAACUGAGGCAGCAAGGUCCUGAAGCUCCUGCCAGGUCAUAAGGGCAGGAAACUCUCCGCCGUCCUGAUAUUCAACCCCCACCCCAGUCUCCAGCCAAAAGGCAGGAGCACAUCUUGAGAACAAUUGUAGGAGGGGUACCAGUGCCCAGAAAGGUGGUACCGGUGCCCAGACAGGUGGACGCUGCUGGCAGGAGGACCGGCCAGGGCACACAGCCUUCUCUUGGCCAGCUGUGUGCACGGGGUCAGUGUCCGCCCCUGCCCUGGCUCAGCAGCUCUGCUGACACCUGACUGUCUCUCCACGAGGCCAGGGUGGCGCUGGACACUAAUCUGGGGCACACCUGUGCUGAAUCGCCAACCCUGGAAGAGUUCUGCCUGCAGGAAAUGGAGGGGGCAGGGAGACCUGGGUCAGCUCCAGCUGGCCAGGCCAGGUCAGGUCCCUUCUUGGCAGAAGGUGCCUCCUUCCCCCCUGCACAUACUGCCUGUCACUAUGGCAGGAGGGCAUGGGCUCCCUGCAGCCCAGUUCUUUCUGUCCUCGGACUUUAACUGUUUUUGCACUGAAGCCAGCUCCUGGCACCUGUCUGCAGCCAUCCUGGACCUGCCCCACUCGGACAUCACUGCCAAUGGGCUGAGCUCUGUGGUACCAAUACCCAUCUUGGGGCCACCUAUGUGCCCCAGGACCAGGGUCAGCCUCACGCUGCCCCCCAGGACUAGGCCCAUCUGCUAGCACCCCCCAGAGCACUGUUUACCCUAUAGCCUGCCAAGCUGAGCCUGGCUUGGUGAUUUCACUGGGGGACCACAGGGACUCUGGGCACAGGGCAGCCUCUUAUGUGCAGGCCUCUGCACACCUCCUCCAAUAACCUGACUCCAUCCACCCCACCCUAAAACACUCUCUCCCUUUCUCACAGCCCUGGAGCCCAAAGCAUCCUAGAAAAUUCUGGUGACACCAGGUUUCAGGCAGAGCGCUCUGAACACAGACUUUGGUCUCAGCCCUGUCCCCAAAACCAACAACAAAUGACAAGAGUACAAGUGGCUCUCAGUCCCUGGUGGUGGGCCUCACUCCUGGGGGCUUUAGGUAGGCUGUGGAGGGGUUGACUCAGAUUGCUGCAGGGGCUCAGAGAACACCCUGGAUCUGCUGGCACAGGCAGGGCAGCGCCGCCCGUCCACCAGACAGCUAGAUCCCGCCAGGGACUCCUGGUAGCCACAGGUCACCACUCUAUUCUUUGGCUCCAAGCCAAGCCCCAGAGGGAGUCAGUGCUACUCCCGGGAGGCAGAGCCCCAGCAGGGCGCCCCUUGAAACAUGGGAACAUUUUUCAAAUUCCUAGCAGGUUAGUGGCUUCUCUGCCAUGGCCCACUGCCCUCGGAGGCUCCUGGUACUGGGGGUGGCCCUGGAGAUGGGGACACGGGGCAAGCAGACAGAGGCACAACCGGCACAUCGGGAAGACAAUCUUUCUGGAGAAGGAUGUUGGGAAAGGGGACAGGGGAGGAAGAGGACAGGAUUCAAGCACCAACUUCCUGCAUCCAGGGCCCUCCCUCCACAGCACCCCAGGGGCACAAAGGACUGACUCACACAGGAACAUGAGUCAGGUGACACAAUUAUCUGCGAUGACAGAGCUGGAACGGAGCAAAACACCCAACUUAAACAAUGUCACCAACAAUAGGGAAUUUCCCAAAGGGGGCAGUUGGAGCGAUCUGACAGGAGGACAGGGGAGACCCCCUGCCCCCUCCUUAGGAAACAGCAGGGAAGGGGCCACCUGAGGAGGCAGCCAGGUAGGACCUGUGUGGCCCCACGUGGGCAGGGGCCAUGUGGCUCCCCAGGCCGGCGGGCAGCCUGUGUAACACUGAAAAGAAGGGAAUGGCUUGUCCCAGCUCCCACUGGGGAGAAAAUGCUGGUGGUUAUUCCUGUAGGCUUGUGAUUUUAAGUGAUAGUAUCUCCAGUGUGUUGCCACCUGCGUGCAGGUCUGGACUCAGAUGAGCCAUGUGUCACAGGGACAGUCAGACAGUGAGGCCCGGGUCUUCCUGCAAAUAGGGCGUGAGGUUCUCCUUCAAGGCAACCCCGAGAUCAACAGGGCCCCCCGCCCCCAGCCCCAAAGGCCAUUUAACCAGUGACUGCCAAUAGCAACAGCGGCUGCUGCCUGUGUAUUUCUGAUCUCUAAGCCUGGACUGCUUCUCUCCAGCAGGGAACCCCGCACACCCCAAAGCUGGUGUUAACCCUCCCCCUGACCCCUUACUGACUCCACAAGUUUCCGUCGUCUCUCAGCCUCGGCGUUCCCACCCCGGAAAGGGAAAUGGCCCUAACCAGGCCCACCCACAGGGCUGUUUUGAGGACAUAUAUUCCGCGGGAAGGGCCAGCUCAGUGCUGAAUACGUGGCCAGCCCUCUGUGACCAGCUGCUGGUGUGGAUUCUGUUCUUGUAGUCACUGGCCGGACUAGACCCUUUGGAGCCAUGGGGAGCCCCCAGGGAGCUCCUGUGCCUCUAGGUCCUGACCCUCCUCAUGUUGUCCUGGGGGUAGGAUCUGCUUCUUUUCUGGGAUCUGAUACUUUCUACAGUGGUGCUGCACCCUUUUAGGACCUGUGUCCUUACUGUCUUUAAUAAGGCAACGGGGUCCAGAGAAGUUUGGCGAUUUGCCCAGGGUCACCCAGGGAAGUAGCCACAGGGUCAGAGCUUUCAGUUGGAAUGAGAUGGGGUGGGAGAAGGGAAAAUCAGAAGAAAGACCUGGUGGUAGGAACAUGGCCCAGGCAUCCUCCAUCCUCAGGAAGAGUGUUCCAGUGUGCCUUGGGAGGGACCUGAUCCUGGGAGAAAGUCCUGCCUGGGGAGAAAGACAGCACAAAGAGCGGCUAAUGAGCUUGAGUCCCAGCAGGCACACAGGGAUCCGACCUGAGCUUAGAAGACCCCCAUGCCUGGCUUAAUGCUCUGCUGUCCCACCUUCAAAUUCUUACUAAUUUUUAGGCCAGGCACAGUGGCUCACGCCUGUAAUCCCAGCACUUUGGGAGUCCAAGGCGGGCGGAUCACCUGAGGUCAGGAAUUUGAGACCAGCCUGGCCAUCAUGGUGAAACACUGUCUCUAUUAAAAACACAAAAAUUAGCAGGGCAUGGUGGCAGGCACCUGUAAUCCCAGCUACUCAGGAGGCUGAGGCAGGAGAAUCACUUGAACCCAGGAGGCAGAGGCUGCAGUGAGCCGAGAUCGCACCACUGCACUCCAACCUGGGUGACAAGAGCGAAACUCCGUCUCAAAAAAAAAAAAAAAAAACUUAUGAAUUUUUAAGAAAAGAUGCAUAUUUUCAUUUUGCAAUGGGCCCUGAAAAUUAAGUAAUCAGUCCUGGGCUUUGGAGAAAAAAAAAAAAAUAGAAAGAAAAGUAAAGAAAAGGAGUCCAAAUCCAGCCCCAGCAUCUUGUUGCAUAACAUUGGACAAAUGACUUAAUAUCUCUGCCUCAUUUCCUUAUCUGCAAAAUAGGGAUGAAGAUGGCGUGUAGCACGUGCUCUGUGCAAGGUAUUGUCAUGGUCACGCCAGUGGGCAAAGGCUGUUGUCCCUCUGUGUGUUUGUGGAUUAAAGCAGGAGAGCUUCCCCACCUUGCCCCCCAGGCCCAAGGGAGGAGGAACAGGGCAGCCAGAACGGCCUCUUUCCCCUCCUUACUCUGCCUCCAUCGCUCUCUUCCCAGGCCCUGCACGUGGAGGGGACCAGUCUUGGAUGCCCUUAGUGGUGUGUCCUGGUCUGGCCCCACUGUAUUAUUCUCGGUAAGAAAUGGCGGCCCUUGUUCCUGCCCAGUGGUAAAAGGAAAGAAGAGAAGUGGCCAUAUUAAAUAAUAGGAAAGGACAGACCUGGGUACAGGAGAAGGAGGCAUGGCAGAUGGGCCACAGGUGUUUGGCUUGAGCAAGACAGGGGAGGGGGUGACACUCUUGAGCUGGGGAGUGCAGGAGGAGAGGCUUUUAGCGAAGGGUACUGAGAUCAGCCUUAGAGGCUUGGGUAUCUGAGGGACCCCAGUGGACAGGUCAAUACACUUGAAGAGAUGGUUCUGAGCUCAGGAGACAGGCAAGGACAGCACACUUCUCUUUGGAAGUAAACGGCACAAGGCUAUUCUCAAAACCAUGGCAGGGGCCCUGGCAGUGGAGUUGGGAAAAGGGAGCAGGGAACGCUCCUCCAUGGAAACUGACAUUUAUGAGGAAGAGGAGUCAAUGGCAAAGGGUUGGAGGAGCCACCAAAGGACGGAGGAGAACCAGGAGGGCGGCCACAGAGGCUGAAGACCAGCAAGAGGGUGGCAGGAAGGAGGAAGGAAGUGAUUCUCAGAAGGGGCAGAGGUAAAGCCAAGAAGGCAGACAGAUGCAAGCUGAAUGGAGAAGCAGCAGUGGCCCUGACAGCAGCAGUGGUGGGAAGGACAGAGUCUCCACCCCAGAUGCUGUAGGGUGGGCACAGGGAGGGGCAUUGUGGGCAGGUGGAUGAGAGCAGUGGCGGGGCUCACCUUGCUGGAGCGUUUGCAGGUGGAUGAGAGCAGUGGCGGCUCACCUUGCUGGAGGGUUUGCAGGUGGAUGGGGCAGUGGCGGGGCUCACCUUGCUGGAGUGUUUGCAGGUGGAUGGGGCAGUGGCAGGGCUCAUCUUGCUGGAGGGUUUGCAGGUAGAUGAGGGCAGUGACAGGCUCGCCUUGCUGGAGGGCUUGCUUGAGUUAAUGUUUACAAUGGAAAGGAACCCAGCACUUAAAUGCUAAUGACAAGGAAAGAGAGGGUGUUGACACUGGAGAGGGGACAGUGACAGACAAGGGAGAGGAAAGACCAAGGCCCCCGCAGGAGAAAAGAAGUGGGGGGGUGCAGGCAGCUGACAGUGGAACAGGAGGGGAGGUCACCUGCAGAAAGUCAGGUAGCGGGAGAACAGAGAAGGUGUGGAUGGGACGAUCCCCAGGGAGACAGGGAGGAGGAUCCAGCGGGCCAGGUGACAAUAGAGAAGGUGUGUUUAUAGGGCAGUGAUCCUCAAGGGGGGAAUUUUUCCCCACAGCUCUCAGAGGCAGGAGUGGGAAGGGCCAAUAUUCACUAAGCACCUGUUGCCUGUGAGGAGUCCCGGACAGUGACCUGUGACUCCUUGGAUGGUUGAGUCCUGGCGUCUGUGUGUUUCCUGGGGCUGCCAUAAUAAACCACGCAGCUUCAAUAGCAGAAAUGCCUCCUCUCCCAGUUCUGGAGGCCAGGACUCUGAAGUCAGGGUGUGGGCAGGGCUGUGCGCCCUCUGAAGGCUCCAGGGGAGGAUCCAUCCUGGCCUCUUCCAGCUCCUGAGACCCUGGGCAUUCCUUGGCUGGGACAGCAUUGCUACAAUCUCUGCCUCUGCCCUCCCAUGCCUUCUUCCCGGCGUGUGUCUGCACGUCUCUAUCUUUCGUAUCCACAUCUCCCCUUCUCAGAAGAACCCCUGUGAUUGGAUGUAAAGCCCACACCAGUCCAGUCUGACCUGAUCUUAGCUAAUUGCAAAGAUCCUAUUUCCUAAUGAGGUCACAUUCUGAGGCUUUAUGUAGAUGCGAAUUUGGAGGGACACCCCAGUGCGACAGCUAAGCUGGACAAGGAGGCGUGUGAAGACGAGAGGGUGAGAGGGAGACGUUUCCGGGCGCAACAGCUGAGCUGUCCUAAUUAGGCCCAGGACCGAUGUCCUCUGUGGGAGGAGGGAGCAGAAAUGAGAGAAAAAGGAAAAAGGGUGGCAGGGAGCAGGCAGCACAGGUUGGGACAAGGUCUGGGGACUACUGGAGAAGGACAGAUAGGGAGGGGAGUGAAGGCAUGGGAAGUCAGGGAGGGAGAAGGAUGCCAGAGCCUUGGGUCAUCGCUCGGGGGCUGGAGUCAGCCAGGGCAUGAGCGUGGCUUUUCCUGGGGGAAGGGAGUCCAGGAGGAGGUGCGGGCCAGAGGCUUGGGGUCACAAAAGAGAAGAUCAGCUUCGUUUUCCCAUGAAGAUGGCAGAGGGCUGGCCUGGGAACUGUGGCUGGAGCUCAGAGGGUGGAAGAGACGUCCAGACCCGCAGCGGGAGAGUGAGCAACACUCCAGCUGAGGAAGGGCCAGAAGGUCUGUCGUGGAGGAAGGGGCGGAGCUUGGCCUCUGUGGUCAGGAGCAUGGCACUCAGACCCGUGCGGAAGCCAUCGAGGGGCAAUGUCGGUCACGCCCAGGGAAGAACUUUUGAGUAGGGGCGGUUUCUGGAAUGAAAUGGGACGUGAGGCAAGGUGGGCUGGGAAACACUGGUACCAUUGCAGAGGCAGCCUGAGCGUGGCCAGGGUCUGGCUGGAUGGUCUGCAACCAGCCAGCCCUGAGCAGAUGCUUCCCGCAGGGGACGCCCUCGCAGACUCCCGGAGAAGCGGCUCUCCCUGCUUGCCCCUCACGGCAGCCAGGAAAUGCAUUUACUCCGCCUCCAGGAGAUGGGAGAGAAAAUGGAUGAUGCGGAGGGUUGAAAGAGGUGAAAACUCCCUGGAGAAGGGGAAAAUUUGCAGAGACCGAGGACAUUUUUGACAUGUGCAGGUUGAAUUCUAUAGAAGGGGUAUGAAAAGCGGAAGGCAUUUUAGAAAUCGUGUGGAUAGAGCCCAGAGCCAUCAAGAGUUAGGCUGGACAGACACCCCCUUCCAGUCCUUUUCUCUCUGCCUUGCCCGUUUCUAGCUCCUCCUCCUCCUACCCUACCAAUUGACAUGCCCAGGUUUCCACACCUUAGACCCUUCCUGGGCUUCUCCAUGACUCAGGAGGUCUCUCCCUGAGAGGAAUGGUGUCACCCGAGGUCCCAGACAACGAGGCCAUGAGCCCUGGCAUCUUCCUCCAUAGAGAGUGACAUGGGGCCAGGACUGGUUGCUCACACCUGUAAUCCCAGCACUUUGGGAGACUGAAGCAGGUGGAUCAUCUGAGGUCAGAAGUUCAAGACCAGCUUGGCCAACAUGGUGAAACGCUGUCUCUACUAAAAAUACAAAAAUUUGCCAGGUGUGGUGGCAUGCGCCUAUAAUCCUAGUGAGUUGGGAGGCUGAGGCAGGAGAAUCGCUUGAACCUGGGAGGUGAAGGUUGCAGUAAGCCAAGAUCAUGCCACUGCACUUCAGCCUGGGUAACAGAGCAAGGCUCUGUCUCAAAUCAAAAAAGAGAGAGUGACAUGGGCAUCGUGGCUCAGGGUUACAGCGUUUCAGGACUGGACAGACCUUGGAGAUCAUCCAUCCCAACACCAUCAGCUUGAAGGGGAGGCACUGAAGGCCCUAAAGGUUCAGCGACCCGCCAAAGAGUAUGACGCCCCAACCAAGGCUGAGAGAUGGCACAGGGCCCAGGGCCAGCGAGGUCUGCAUCUGGUGUGAUGCCCCUUUGCCCCCACCCCAAGUGGGUGGGCUUCAGUGCAAUUCUGCCACUCACUGCUCAGAGUCAGCCUCAGACUCCAAGGUGCAGGGCAAAGUCCCCCACAAGACCACCCUCACUUCCAAGCCAGCUCCUAGUCUCAGGACCCACCUUCUGACCAGCCAGCUGCAAAUUCUGGGGUUCCUAUGACUCCCUCAGGUUCAUUCAUUGCUAGAGCAUCUCACAGAACUCAAGAAAGUGGCAUACAAACGAUUCCAGUUUUGUUAUAAAGGAUCCAGGGAGGGCGAGGUCUGAGCGGGAGCACGGAACUUCUAUGCCCUCACCCCAUCACUCUCCGGGCACACCCACGUGUUCGCCAAGCAGGAAGCUCCACCGCACUUAGGGGCCCAGAGCUUUCUCCAUCAGGAUUUUAUGUAGGAAUGAUUGAUGACAUUACUGGACACCUGAUUGAACUCGAUCUCCAGCCCCCUCCCCUCUCCUGAGGCUAAGCCAGUCUGAAGUCCCAGCCCUCUAACCACAAAGUUGGCGUCUCUGGGCUCAGCCCCCAUUCUGAAGCUAUCUUAUCUGGGGGCCACCAAGAGUCACCUCAUAACUUUCUAAAGACCGUCCUGGCAUGCAGGAAAUUCCAAGCAUUUCUGGAGCUCUGCACUGGGACCCCAGCCCAGUAACAGCCCCCCUGCAAGUCAAAUCACAGAACACAGAAACUUAGCCGAACAAGUCCAACCCAAUUCCACAUAAUACCCCCUAAGAAAAGGAAGAGUCCCGACAAACACAGAGAGCACACCUGGAUGAGACAGGCGGGUGGAGCACUGACUUUGGCAGGUAAAUCAGAAGCUGAAGAAAACAAGGUGAGAAGGUGCCUGGACCAUGAAGAUGAGGACACUUCCCUUCAAGGGGCUUAAAUGUCCUCAAGGGGAAUAUGCCAAGAAGUCCAGGCUCCCACAUCAGCUGGGGAUGGAGGCCAGGCCAAACGGGAAACUCGCUCACUUCACUCAAGGUUGUUUCUGCCCUGGGAGAACAGGCAGCUAUAACCAGGGUCUUUUCCCAGUGGAAUCAAAGGAAGGAGGGCAGGGCAAUGCCCAGAGAAGGCUGAGAGGGACAGGAAGGCUGGAGCAGACAGUCUCACCUGCCUGGUCCAGUUGAGCAGCCCUCUGGGAAAAGUCAGCUCUGGUCUAAGUCUGUUACAGCGGGAACGGAUUUACACAGUGUUUGUAUAAAUUUAAAUUCCUGCUGCCUAAGCAGGCUGGCUGCUGUGCCAUGAGCCCUCUUGACUUGAGCUCUGUGGGGGCCCCCUCCCCAAGCCAGUUCUGAGCCACCUGUCCAAAGUCACCUGGAGCUGGUGGUGAACACGACCUGCCCGGAGUUGGCAGCCUUGCCUAGGCGCAGGCUCUCAGGAAGCAGUUUAUAAGCUUACCUGCAAAAUCCCAGCCCACUAAAUCUCCGGAAUGGGAGAGGAUUCACCUAAUGGAAUUAGAAAGUAUAAAAUAGCAGUGAUCUUGAAAGGCAUUCGGAAACUAAGCCCUUUCUGGAAAUUGGAAAGUCGCUAACAUCAGCCUGGGAGACCCUGGAAAUUACAGACCCGUGUGCCCAGAGGUAAUAAGGUCAAACUGCUACACGUAUCUAAAAGGAAAUCGGACUCUAACUCACCAGAGUGCUCUAAAAAGUUAAUAGAGUGGCAGUCAUUCUGGCAGCCCAGUGGACAUAAUUUACCUGCGUUUUCAAAAAGCUUUUGAUGAGGUCCUUCAUGAGAGACUAUUAGGGAAAGGAAAAAGCAAGAGCGAGGACAGUGUCAGCUGCUGCCAGUGAAACCCUCGUUAAGCGGGAGGCUGUGGGAGCCCCAGAGACCAGCUGCUCCCCACGACCGCCUGAAGACAGUUAAUAAUUGUGGCCCCCCAGGGCCGGCUUUGGGGAGGACACGGCAUCACAUUUAAAAACUUAGGAGCAAGAUCAUGAAGGCUGGUUUCGUUUCCAGCAUUCCUCCAGGCUGAGAGGGUUUUGUUCUUUGGAACUGUUUGUGUUCUGCUUUUUGUCCUUUGGAUCAGGGGGCUGGACCGCAUCUGCCCAGCUCACCCUGUGGUCACUGCUGAGCGUGGCAUCCGGCAGGGGAGGUGGUGGAAAUCUGCCUGGAACGGAGGCUGCGUGGGCUGCUUUCUGGAGUCAUUUGAUGUAGUUUUUAUGAUUGCCACACAUCUGCGCUCCCCCCUCCUCUCACACUGAGGGUCUCCAAGGGCAAUGGUGGCAGCCAGACCAGUAACACUGGACGCUUCCCCAUGGUCCCACCCAGCUCACCCCACAGAAACUUACAGGGGAACAGAACUUUCCGGGGGGCCAGGAGCCAAGGAGAAGGUAUAGAACCUGGGGAAGUCGAGCCUCAGUUUGUGGAGCACACCCCCUCUGGCAGUACACACAGGACCCACCAACCACAGAGGCUGUACCCCGGGCCCAUCCUUGCUAAGGACCCAGGGAGGAAAACAGAAACAGAACCAGGUGAGUGAAGUGGGGAAGCUAUAAGGAGAAUCUGCUCUUGCUAGAAUUAAGCUCCAGACCGUAGCGUAUGGAUGAGUCUCCUGGGGCUGCUGUAACAGGUGAUCAUGAACCGGGUGACGUGAGACAACAGAAAUGGAUUCUCACUGUUCUGGAGCCCAGAAGUCUAAAAUCAAGAUGUCAGCAGGAGCUGGGUGUGUGACUUCUGCCUG